GCCCGGGCGAGGGGCUGCCGUCCCGGGGUCGGUCCCCUGGCCUUCUGCACCCCACCGACCUCCGGAACCGCCUCAGCGGAUGGGCUUUUGGAAAGGAGCCCCCAGCGCGGAGCCCUCCGGGGACAGACGGAAACUUCAAAAGGGAACUGGGGAGAAGUCGGGGCGUUUCCCCAGCGCCUGUCCCGCGGGGAUUCAGGGCAAGGCGGAGAACCCCACCGCUCCCUGUCCACUCCGGGGCCUUGAGGUGACCGCCCACUCCCACCUGGACCCCCCCAGCCUGGCAGGGAAGGGAGGGCCAAGGAGCAAUGGCCUGAGGCUGCAGUACAGGUGGUAGGCUACCCUCCCGACCCACCUCUGGCAUGGGGGGAUCCGAAGUGGGCUGCUCACCGCUGCUCUGGAGCUUUCUGGGCUGGGGUUCGCUGGUGUCCCAGCCCCUGGCUGGAGGGGCCAGUUCUCUGGCAGGCAGGGCCUCUUUCUCCAGGAGGUUUGCAACAUAAACGUUAUUGAGACACUUGCAUUAACACUUUGAGAGAGACACACAAAAGGGUCUCUUGGUGUGCCAAUUCUGGGCCUCACCCCCACUCCCAGGGCUGUUCGUUGCUGGAUACCGGGGAGCUUCUAGAUCUGGGCUGGGCGAGCAUCCUGCAGAGCAGACUGCAGGGCUCCUCAGUGAGGCGCAGUUACGAGUUACAUCUAGAUGGCAAGGACGGCCCCUGUGCGCCUUCGGACCCAAGGGAGGGGAGGAGGCGUUGAGGUCAGCCCUGGGCUCUGGGAUAGGAGCUGUCCUGGCAGCCUGGUGGGCUCCACCCAGGGCAGGGUCUUGUGGCCUCUGAGCCUGACACCUGGGCCUUGGGCAGGGGAACCGGGUCUCCGAGUCUGUCCCGGGACUCCCCCAGAGACGGAGGUACAGACCCACCACAGGCCUGCUGACGCCUUCUCUCCCACAGUGGCCACCCCCAGGGCCCCCCUGCCCCACUUGAAGCAGUAUGAGGUGGUGUGGCCCCAACGUCUGCCACGACCCCGUGCCCGCCGAGCCCUGCCCUCCCACCCGGACCCGUACCCUGAGAGUGUGAGCUAUGUCCUUGGGGCCCAAGGGCACACCUUCACCCUGCACUUGCGAAAGAACAGGGACCUUGUGGGCUCCGGCUACACGGAGACCUACAGCAUCGCCAACGGCUCCCAGGUGGUGGAGCAGCUACAGAGGCAGGAUCACUGCUACUACCAGGGCCACGUGGAGGGGCAUGAGCAUUCUGCCGCCAGCCUCAGCACCUGUGCCGGCCUCAGGGGCUUUUUCCGGGCUGGCUCAACCAUCCACCUGAUCGAGCCCCUGGAUGGGGCCGGUGAGGAGGGCCGGCAUGCGCUGUACCAGGCCGAGCACCUGCAGCAGAAGGCGGGGACUUGUGGGGUCAGCGAUUCCAGCUUGGAAAAGGCCCUGGGGCCUCGGAUCUCAGCAGCCUUCAGGCCCCGGAACUGGCCGCCGCCCCGGGACACCCGCUUCGUGGAGCUGUACGUGGUCACGGACAGUGCAGAGUUCCAGCUGUUGGGGAGCAGAGAGGCUGUGCGCAGCCGGGUGCUGGAGGUGGUGAACCACGUGGACAAGCUUUACCAGGAGCUCAAUGUCCGUGUGGUCCUGGUGGGCCUGGAGAUCUGGAACCAGGAGAACAAGAUCCAUGUGAGCUCCUACGCCAACACCACGCUGGAGAACUUCCUCCGCUGGCGGGCACAGAAGCUGGCGGGGCGUCACCCGCAUGACAACGCGCAGCUGAUCACGUGCGUGGGGAGUGCCAGGGAGGGCUGUGUGAGAGCGAGGGGCGGCAGGGGCGGGCGGCUCUCAGGGCACCCACGUCCGCACACCCGUCUUGUUUCCAGCGGGGUCGACUUCACCGGGACCACAGUGGGACUGGCUAAGGUGUCGUCCAUGUGCUCCCAGGCCUCAGGGGCCGUGAACCAGGACCAUAGUCAGAACCCCAUCGGUGUGGCGUCCACGAUGGCCCACGAGAUGGGCCACAACCUGGGCAUGGACCACGACGAGAACAUUCAGGGCUGCUACUGCCCCGUGCCGCGGGAGGGCGGCGGCUGCAUCAUGGCGGCCAGCAUCGGCAUCAAGUUCCCCAGGAUGUUCAGCCAGUGCAGCCGCGCCGACCUGGAGAUGUUCGUGGAGAAGCCCCAGACGGGCUGCCUGGACAACGCCCCGGACCCUCGCCGGCUGGUGGGCGACCCCGUGUGUGGGAACCGGUUUGUGGAGCGUGGGGAGCAGUGUGACUGCGGCCCCCCCCAGGACUGUCGGAACCCCUGCUGUAACGCCACCACCUGCCAGCUGGCCCACGGGGCGCAGUGUGCGCAGGGCGCCUGCUGCCGGGAGUGCAGGGUGAUGCCCGCCGGGGAGCUGUGCCGUCCCCGGAAGGAUGCAUGUGACCUUGAAGAGCACUGUGACGGCAAGGAGCCUGGGUGCCCAGAGGACGCCUUCCAGGAGAACGGCACGCCCUGCCCCGAAGGCUACUGCUACCAGGGGGCCUGCCCCACGCUGGCCCGGAAGUGCCAGGACCUGUGGGGGCCAGGCUCUCGGGCUGCCGUGGAAAGAUGCUACGCCUACCGCCUCUCACUGAACUGCAAGGGUGGGGUCCCCCUUGACUCCAGCAGGGUCAACAGGUGUGGCAUCCUGUACUGUGAGGGGGGACAGAAGCCCCCAGAGCAGAGUUCCUGUACCCUCACCUCCUACUCGGCCGCUUGCCAGGCCCUCGUCCUGGAGGGAGGUGCUGGCUAUGAGCCAGUGCCUGAAGGCACCAAGUGUGGCGAGGAGAGGAUUUGCUGGAAAGGACUCUGCCAGCACCUGCAAGUUUACAGAUCCCGAAACUGCUCCGCCCGGUGCAACAACCAUGGGGUGUGCAACCACAAGGAGGAGUGCCAGUGCCACCCGGGCUGGGCACCGCCCCACUGCACAGAGCCGCUGCCCUUCGUGCCCACAGCAGCCACUGUGCCUGCAGCCAGCUACAGCACCACCACCUCCUGGCCGGACCCGGGUCGCAUCACGGUGGGCCCGGGGCCAGCCAUCACCAAGCCCCCUAACUCAUCAUGGCCCAGGAGCCUCCUGCUGCCCGUGCUGCUGCCCGUGGUGCUCCUGGGGGCUCUGGCCCUCCUGGCAGGUGCAUUCGUCUACCGAAAGGCCCGGGGCCGCAGCCCUUGGGGGACUGCAGCGCCCAAGACCGCCAUAGGGCUCUCCAACCCCCUGUUCCACGAGGCUCACGGAGUGCCAGCCAAGCAGCCUGCCAGGCCCACAGCCCCCAGGGCUGCCCCCAAGCAGCCACCCCCUGCUCCUCCAGCCGCCAUGUCCAGUCCACCCUUCACAGUUCCUGUGUAUACCCGGCCGCCCCGAGACCAGCUCAGACCUGCUCCACCUGCCAAGCCCCUCCCUGAACUGAAGCCCAAGCAGGUUGUGAAGCCGGUCUUCCCACCCCCGAUGCCACCAGUCAAGCCUGGGGCUGGAGGACCCAAUCCUGGACCCCCGCAGCUGAUGGAUAUCAGCCUCGGUUCUUUUUCCUCCUCCCAGUGUGUGGUCGGUCCCAAGGCUGCUCUGAAGCCACCUGUGCAGAGAAGGUGACCCUGGUGCCUGCAGCCCCAGACCCAGUGCGAAAGGCACCUGUCCUUCAUGUUGAAGGGAUCCGCCCUGCCCCACUUCUCUCCACCCCUGGGGGCUGGGUACGCUGUGAGGAUCAGUGCUGACGGAGGAGGAGACAGGGCCGCACCGCUCUCCCCCCAGCCCGGAUCCCCGCACCUCCGGCACCCACCCGGGUUCCCUGCCCUCCGCCCCCGGGGCCGCUUCCACUGUGAGAAGUCCUAACCAGUGGAGGCAGGGCUCCGACCCUGAGAGGCACCUGCGGCCCGGCUGCUGCUCUGGAAGUCUCGGGCGCGCCUGCAACCGAAACUGCAAUGAAAAAUGUGUAUUUUAUGAUUAAGUUAUUGAUCAAGUUCUCAAUGACGCGAGUUUCUUAUUAAAAUCGAUGGAAGAUCGUAUGCUCAAUAAUGUGGAAUUCAAUUUAUAACACGUAAGAGUUCAGUGCUUGUUAAAAUAAAAUAAACACUGGAAACAAAA